GUUACCUUAGCAGAACGAGAUUCUCAGUUGUUUCGUGACCUUUCACUAAGAUAUCUAGAUUUAUUAUAACAAUUUCUUGAAAGAAUGAACACUACGACAAGAAAAUCUGUAUCGCUGUAAGUCCUAAACUGUGUUUCGUCAAACUAUAAUAUUCCCCACAAGCGACAAAAAUGUCUGUCACAAAAAUACUUCAGUUCUUCUUCAUCGGAUUCUUAGAAAUUGUAUUUGCUGAAAGGGAGCAUAAGGUUCACAACAUCGUCCUCUAUCCAGAGAAGCAUUCCUGGUGUCAGACGCACCAAAUCCAGCAGAUCGUCGCCUCGCCAGGUUACGAACCGGUCACCAUCGACAACAACGUUUGCGUGGGGGCUUGUUACAGCUAUUCCAUCCCAAAAACCGAACCUGCUGAACCAGGAGAACUCAUAGGACCUUACUGUGACAGUUGUCAGCCCGCAGAAAUCAAAUGCUACCACGUAAACUUACGCGCGGACGACAAGAACGUGGAAGGUCCCAAAGUUAUCCAAAAGAGAGUACAAAUAAUAAUGAAUUGUUCUUGUCAGAGCUGCGAUAAGAUCAGGAAAGAGGACUGCGAGAUUACGGACGAAAAUACGUUGGAAUUACCUCACAACCUUUUCAAAGAUGAAAGGAACAUCAGUGAUUCCAACCCUGAUGAUUUCCCUGAGCUCUUACAUGCGCCUAACCAGAACGACACCGAGAACGCAAUACACAAUACCGAAACGAACAUACAGCUGAAGAACAAGAUAAAGAAACUGUACGAAAUAUACCAGAAUCAGACGGAAGACGUCAAGGACGACGGCUUGCAAAAGUACCUGGAAAAGUACGGGGUUGGUUUGGAACAGAACCACGAAAACAACAUAAAAAUUGAGAAGGAUCUGGAAAACUUACCUGCGGACUUUGGAAUAGAAGGAGCGCAGAGUCACCAUAAAGGCAACCACGUGGGGAUGGGAAUCCAGCAUAACCAGAAUGAUGUCGAGGAGAACGAUAUUAUAAAGAAACAUCACGAAGCGAAGAGUGGUGGUCACCACGGGCACCAUGGAUACCACCAUGGAGAGGGACACCACCUUCAUCACCUAGGGGAAGAACAGCAUAUCGGUAUGAACGUUGUGCAUCUAAUAAAAGGCCCUCAUGGGAGCAUGGUAAUGUCACCGGUUGAGGCGAAGCUAAACAUCGAUUCAGAUGCCCUAAAACCAAACAAUGAGGGAGUAGUGAUUGAUUACGAGAAUCAUUUUAAAACCCACCACAAGGUGGCCGAUAUAAUGGACGAUUAAUGCUUAGUGUAAGGGUUGCAAAUAAAUGGUUUCUAAAAGACCAAUCUGUAAGUUACAUGUUUUAUUAGAAAGAUAUGACACCAAAUGCAAGAAAAAAAUAUUUUCUGUAAAUGUAAAUUAUAGAUUCUUCUUUAAUAAAUGUGUUUAUUAAAGAUUGGUUUUAGAGGACCUAAUAAAAUCUAGUCUCAGCGUAAUCUAAAUCGGAAUUUUCAAAAAUUGUAUAUUUUCGUAAGUUCUUAAAUCUAAAACACUAAUUUUUCUAGUUCUAACAGUUAAGCUCAAUAGUUAUAAAUACAUAGUGCAAAUGUUCUAAUACCUACAUGAUUUUUAAUAAAAUGAACCCUGAAUUAAGUGUCAUAUAGAAAUAUUUUUUGUAAAAUGUAUUUCUCUCUUCCUGUUUAAAUUUUUCAAAUUACUCUGAUAAUACUUUCACAUACAGCUUUACAAAAAUACAUAGCAGUACAAAAUUGACAUACAAAUGUUUUAUUUAUACAUCACACAAAUCGCCAAUUUGGAUGUAUUUUUAUAGUUAUUGUUUUUUAUAUAAUUCAGUUUCUUUAUAUUUUAGAGUCUAUUUUUAGUGUUUGUAUUAAAUGUAAAUACUAAAGUGUAUCUAAAUUAUUCGAAAGAGGCUGUGUGUCUAUUUUAGUCAAUAGUGACAUUUUAUUUACUUACCUUUUAUCUUCUUUGUUAUUAUUUUUUAUUAUAAUUU